AUGUCUAAAUCAUCAACCCCUAUAAUAGAAUCUGAAGCUUUUGAACAAGAGGUUAAACAAGAAUCAAUUCCUCAAGAUUUAUCAUCAUACUAUGAUGCUUAUGCAGAACAGUUCAUGACUUUUAUGAAUCAAAAUCCAACUACUUAUCAUGUGGUAAGUCAUUUCAAGUCAGUAUUAGAGAAUAAUGGAUUCACCUAUGUUAAAGAUAAUGAGAUAAUCAAUUUAAGUCAUAAACCAGGAUUUUAUUUCACAUCGAAAGAUGAUUUAACUUUGAUUGCCUUUGUUAUUGGAGGGAAAUGGAAACCAAUUAAUGGUAGUUGUUUCAUAGCAAGUCAUUGUGAUGCCUUAUCAGUUAAGAUUAAUCCUCAUAAUCUGAAAAAGGUAGAUCAAGAAAACAUUGAUGAUUCUUAUGAAUUAUUAGGUGUUGCCCCUUAUUCAGGAGCAUUAAAUCAUCUUUGGUUAAAUAGAGAUUUAUCACUAGCUGGUUCUGUACUUGUAAAAGAUCAUAGUACUAAAAAAGUUAGUCGAAAAUUAAUCAAUUCAUUUCCAAAUCCUAUUGGGUUUAUUCCUCAAUUAGCUCCUCAUUUUGGUCUUCCUGAGAAAGAGUAUAAUACUCAAACUCAAAUGGUUCCUAUUAUCUCAUAUAAAAGUUCGAAUGAUUCCGAUUUGAAACCAACUGAUGAAGAAAAAUCAUCCAGUUUAUAUAAAAGACAUUCCCUUGGUCUAUUAAGAUACGUUACUCAAUUAUCUCAAUCAUCAUUAUCUUCCAUAGUUCUGUUAGAUUUGGAUUUAGUCGAUUCUCAACCUGCUAUUAGAGGAGGGUUGAAUAAAGAAUUUAUAUAUUCAUCUAGUUUGGAUGAUCGAUUAUGUUCAUUUGAUUCAGUUUAUGGUUUGAUUGAAUUUAGUCAAACAUUCUUUAAGGAAGGUAACUCACUUGAAGAAUAUGAUGGGUUAAACGGGAUUUAUUUAUCUAAUCAUGAAGAAAUCGGAAGUGGUAGUAGAACAGGAGCAAAAGGAGGUUUCCUUAUCGAUUUAUUUAAAUCGCUUGCAUCUUCAACCAGUUUAAAUUCUGAUGAAUCAAUUAAUGGCCAAGAAGCAUUACUACAAUUGACCCACAACUCAGUCCUUCUUUCAACUGAUGUGACUCACGCUAUGAAUCCUAAUUUUAAAAAUGUAUAUCUUGAGGGUAAUUUCCCCUUACCUAAUGUCGGACCAUCAAUUAAAUUUGAUUCUAAUAUGCAUGUAUUAAGUGAUUCAUCAGCGUAUGUAUUUUUACAAGAUAUUAUAACCAAAAACAUACCGGAUAUCAAAUUACAACAUUUCCAUAUUAGAAAUGACAGUAGAUCAGGUGGAACCAUCGGUCCCGUAUUAAGUGAUGCUCAAAGAGGAGUAAAUGGAGCUAAAUUAAUCAUUGAUGUUGGUUUACCAAUUCUUAGUAUGCACUCUAUAAGAAGUAUAAUGGGGUAUAAAGAUGUUGGAAUUGGUAUUAGAUUCUUUAAAGAAGUAUUUAAUCAUUGGCAAGAAUCUGUUAAAAUUAUAGAAUAG